AUAAAGGGACCUGCUGAGGCUUCGGGAGCAGUGAACACUGGGACCAGAAAGGGGCCAAUAUGACUGGGAGAGAGGGCCCCCCCGCCCCAGUUCGUAGCACGGGAUUUGGCAUCCAGGAGAUCUUGGGACUCAACAAGGAACCCCCUACACCCUCCCAAAGGCACCUGCACCCUUUAUCCCCUGGAACCCACCUGCUGGCCGCCCGCUCUGGGCUGGGGCUUCUGGCAGCCGGAGGGAUCCCCACCUUCUACACCCAGCCGGGGUUACUACUGGGGGACCCCCCGGGGCCAAGAAUACAGCAGACGGGUCAAGAGGAGGGAAGCAGAACCUGCAGUUCAGACUCAGAAGAUGUUUCUUCCAGUGACAGAAAACUUCCCAAAUCCCUCAGCCAGAGCAAAAAACGCAAGAAGAGGCGGCACAGGUACCCCAACAUCAUGUUUGAGGGGAAUAGGCCCAAAAUAAAGUUCGGCGUUUUCACAGGGAAUAAGGGAGCCAUCAGAUCAUUCAGGACAAUUUUCACUUCUUACCAAUUGGAAGAACUUGAAAAAGCAUUUAAUGAAGCUCAUUACCCUGACGUCUAUGCACGAGAAAUGCUGGCCAUGAAAACUGAGCUCCCGGAGGACAGAAUUCAGGUUUGGUUCCAGAACAGACGAGCCAAAUGGAGAAAAAGAGAGAAAUGCUGGGGUCGAAGCAGCGUGAUGGCUGAAUAUGGUCUGUAUGGGGCAAUGGUUCGACAUUCAAUCCCCCUCCCAGAAUCAAUCUUAAAGUCGGCUAAGGAUGGCAUCAUGGAGUCCUGUGCCCCCUGGCUUCUGGUUCAAGAUGGCUUGCAAAUGCCCAGACGAUUUUCUAAACCAGAAUACCAACAAUUCUUUGCAGGAAUGCACAAAAAGACUCUGGAGGCAGCAGCAGAUAGAGUGCAGCAGCCUGAACGAGAGGCACCAGCUCUUCCGAGCCAACCCACAGCCAAUGAAAGAAGGGAGCCUGAGCUGUCGGCUCCCAUCUCCGAGGAGGAACUAAGAGAGAACAGCAUCGCAGCAUUACGUGCCAGAGCACAAGAACACAGUGCUAAAGUCCUGAGGAGCACUAACUCUGAGACGUCCGCAAGAAAACAUGAAACAGAAAAUGUAGAGGAGGAAGAAAAGAUUCAGAGAAGUGAUUCACUGGAGCAGCAAGAGCCAAAGGUCGGAAAAUGAACUUUAUCUCAACCAGUUAUCCACCCCUGAACUAAGGAGACUUCUCGGGUACAGUGGUAAGGAGAAGGCCAGGGGAGUCCUUUUAUGUCAGUUUACUUUACACUGCUGAACUAAACACAGUAAGGCUGUUAGAUUCAACAUUAAGGUCUCCAUCUCAGGACAGAUACAUUAUAUAUAUCACAGCUAAAAGUGGACUUGAGGGAAAAACAUGUUCUGAUUAUAUGAACAGCAAUAGCCAUACUAACCCAUAUGGGACAAACAAUAAAGUCCCAAAAGGUUAGUUAUAUUCACAAACUAUUUUAUGUUGGUGAAGUAAUGGACUUCCUUAUCAGAGUAAUGCCCAUAAUGUGAUGCAUCCUGCAGAGUCUCUGCUUUUCCCAUUACUGUAAAUAUUGUAAAGAUAAAAAGUAAAGGUUUCUUUAGCUUACUCGUGAUUGCUGUGCCACUGUCUGUAAAAUAAAACAUGUAUAUAAUUAAC